CACCAACACAACGGCACAAGCACAGCCAGCCGCAUGUCGCGCUGCCCUGUUCGUCUUCCUCAAAAACCCCAUUGCCUCCGAGCUCUCUAUCUCUCAUCUGGCUCGUCCGGGGGCAAUUACGGCAUAGCUCCGCCGCCGCUGCGCGCGUGCACGUACACCGCUAUGCUUCCGCUUGCCGCAGUGUCCGCGCCGAGUUCGCUUCUCCUACGGCCCGCCGCGUACCAUCGGAUAGGGAGAGACCUAGGACAAAGUUGGCAAGAACCAUCUGUCUCGGGUUCACGGUCUCGUGCGGAUAAACUGAGCAACACCAUCUCUGCCAAGGCUUCCAUGAACAUAACAUGCUGUGCUAACCAGACGCAAACCACGACCCGUAAAUCAUUCGCCGGACCCACCUCUCCACCGUCAGGUUCAGUCAAAGAGAAGGUGAAGCCGAGACUCGAUGAUGGUGGCGUCGGGUUCCCGCCGUUCCGGUUCGGCGGAGGAGGCGGGGGCGGCGGCGGGGGUGGCAGCAGCUCCUCGGGCGGGUUCAUUCUCUUCGUGAUCGUUUUGCUGCUGGAUUACCUGAGGGAGUUCGAGAGGAACAUGCAGAAUGGGUCCCGGAGGGGCGGCGACUACGACGGCGGGCUAGCACCACAAUAGCUUGAAACAGUCCGGCGAUGGUUGAUCUAAUCCUCCUUUUGCUAAGGAGUGUUAUCAGAUUAGAGAUCAUUUGUAAGAAAAUUAUAAUUAGAGGUAGCAACUUAAGCUCUUGAGUUGAAUGUGCACGUUCAAGAUCAAACACCAGUGCACUAGUCACUCCACUUUAUUCUUUUGCUUUGGGCUCCUUUUAAACGUUUGUACUGCGAGUUGGUUGGGGCUGUGUGAAUUUUCGAGUGCAGUGGCUGGC